CGCGCUGUGAUUCGACUAAAGAAAGAAAAACUGGCGAAGUAACUGAGAUCCACGUGACACACGGUUAUAAAGAUGGCGUUCAUUAAGGAGGAGCUCGAAGACGUGAGGAUUGAAGAAGUGUUCAGUCUGAAACAAGAAGAUGCUGAGGAACAAACAGACCUGAUGCCUCUGAAAGAGGAGAGUCAAGAUCUCAAUGAUAUGGAAGAAAAGGAUCAAUAUGAGAAACCUCAUCAGUUCAUGACUGGAGAAAAAGAUUUUAGCGACUCAAAGAUUGAAAAGACGUCCUCACAAAACAAAGGAACUAGAAACAUUAAACCUUUCACUUGCCAUCAGUGUGGAAGAUGUUUCAGUCACAAACAAACCCUUAACAGGCACAUGAAAAUUCACACCAGAGUGAAGCCUUUCACCUGCCAUCAGUGUGGAAAGAGUUUCUCUGACAGAACAAAAUUUGAUGCCCACAUGAGUGUUCACACUGGAGAGAGACCUUUCUCCUGCUCUCAGUGUGGAAAGAGUUUUACACAGAAAAAACACCUUAAUGCCCACAUGAGUAUUCACACUGGAGAGAGACCUUUCACCUGCUCUCAGUGUGGAAAGAGUUUUACACAGAAAAAAAUCCUUAAUGCCCACAUGAGUAUUCACACUGGACGGUGCCCAUACACCUGCAAACUGUGUGGGAAGAGUUUCUCACGAAAAGGAAAUCUUAAGACUCACAUGAGAACUCACACUGGAGAAAAGCCAUUCUCCUGCUCUCAGUGUGGAAAGAGUUUUGCACACAAAAAAAGCCUUAAUGUCCACAUGCAAUAUCAUACUAUCACAUUUAAAGAAAACCUUAACAAUUACAUAACGAUUCACAAAAGAGAGGGGGCUUUUAUAUGUCAUCAGUGUAGAAGGAGCUUUGAAGACAUAAAAUGCCUUAAGAAUCAUGUAAAAACUCACGCUGGAGAGAAGCCUUUCAUGUGCGAUCACUGUGGAAAGACUUGCGCAGACAAAGCGUACCUUGAGAAUCACGUAAGAGUUCACACUGGAGAGAAACCAUUCAUCUGCCCUCAGUGUGGAAAGAGUUUCCCGUACAAAGGAAACCUGAAGAUUCACAUAAGAGCUCACACUGGAGAGAAGCCUUACAAGUGUCUCCAGUGUGAGAAGACUUUCAUGUAUCACUCAGGCCUUAGACGUCAUUCACAGACUUGCGCCUGUUUCACACCGCAAGCUUGAGCUUCACGUCAGCGGCUCCAAAGCUGCACAUUUCUAUACAAAGACAGCUAUAAAUUUGUUUUACAAAGUUGAUUUACAAAACUAAGCCAUAUGCAUUCAUUCUGAACGACAUCAGUUCAAUUGUGAUCCGUGUAACAUUUUUUUUCUUUUGCCAUCACACUUAACAGAUGCAUAUGAAAAGACAUAAAUGUGAGACCCUGUUUGGGGUCCUUGUGAAAUAGUAAAGCAACAGAAAAUGUAUACGCGUGUGUGAAAUUAAGGCUCUGUUCACACCUCAGCUGAAUGUGUACUACAUCUGAUUGUCCACUUUCAUGACCACUUCUUUUAUAUGUCUAUACUUCAGCUAAUUUUUGUUACAAAUAA